AGAGACCUCCCCGAGAAAGGGCUUCGCGGCGGGUGCCUUUCUGCUGGCCAGGCCGGCCCGGGGAGCACGGACGGAAGGCACUUCCUGGCGCAACAACGCCGCGACCACUUCCUGCUUUCGGUUGCCGGGGGAGUGGGGCUAGCGGGGCUUACCUGAGCCCCGGAACCUGCUCCCCAAGCUCAUUGGACACCCUGGAGUGUCAAGAACGGAGCUUUCGAGCACGUGCAGAGCGCUGCCUGCCCCUCUGCCUUUUCUCUCCCACACCUUCGGGUGCGAUUCCUAGGCGUGCUUGGCCCGUAACAAUUUCGCGUUUAGAAAUUGAACUCGGUGCUCCGACUCGUCUGCUGCCGAUUUAAAUAAUUCUUAUGCAUUAAUGCGAUCCGCGCAAGUGUUCGGGUGAACAAAAACAAAAGCUCUGAAGACAAAGGGAGAAAAGCACGCGCGUUUUGUUUUUAGAGAAUGCAUGCACGUGUCGUCAUAACUGGCUCCCUCUAUAUCAGAAAACAUGCAUUUCGUUGCUAUUUGUUUAAAAAUCUGCUGAACUGAGGACACCUUUUUAAUCAACGCAUUUAAUUGAUCAAUCGAUCAAGCAAAUAGUGCAGCCACUAUUUGGUGAGAGAAAGGCAGCACCACUGAGCAAUGGCCUCCAGCCUCAGGAAGCAGGUGGGUAGUGCACUGGUCUUGCCUGCCAGUGGUGGAGUGACCGCUUUCAAGUACAGACUUCACUGCCUGCCAGCCAGACUGACUCAUGACAUGUGUUGCAGGGAACAGUUUUGGGUGUUAAUUGCCUGCUUUGAGUGUCUUCUAAACUUGCUAAUCCAUAGGAGCAUGAUUGUGUGUACUAACUUUGGGACAUUAUACAUCACUUUUUGAGCCAUGCUGCGAGCCAUCCGAACCACUGCCUCCCCUAUCAUUCUAGUCUUGGAAAAUCUCAGUUGUACCCAGAUUUCACUUUUUGCUUUCCUGUUUGAGAAUGGCUCCAGUUCUGCUAGUACCUGUGAAACCCAUCCUAAUGUCAUCUUACAAAAUUGAAUUAUGUGAGGCCUGAUUUCAAAAUCUGGGCUUAUACUUAGAUUCCUUGGAUAAGCCCAGUAUUGUCCAUCCUCCAUUUUCUAUCUGUCAGAUGGGAAUAAUGGUGACCUACCUCACAGGGUUGUUGUGAGGGCACUCAAUAAAGAUAAUGAAGCUAUUCAACUGCCACAGAAAUGUGUGAAUAAAUACAGUAUACAGCCCCCUCCUGACCGGUUAUGCUUUUUCAGAGCAAGUAGUUAGCCCCUUUUACACUUUCCCCUCUACUGUAAAAUUUGCAGAAGAGAGUUUGGGCUCUGACUGAAAUCAACGAAUGCUUUCACCUUAGGCUGAAGUGUGUGGGUUGCUGCCUGUCAAGGGAUGUAAACAAUCAACUAACUGGAUGUGCUCUGUGGGGCAGGGUGGGGUGGGGUUGGUCAGUGACUGCUGCAGCUUUUGGCUGGUUCUCUGUGCAAGUCACUGGUUGUUCAGCUCAGCAUGCGUGUUCCUGCAGUUUAUGUGAGAACAUACCAUUUCUUUAGGCUUAGUGAGAAGGAGGGAAGGUUGUGUCAGUCAAAAGGGCCAAGAUUACUUAAAUGUUUCACCUACCAAGAAGUUUUUGGUGUCUGGAUUUGCAAUGCCUCCCCUUACCCACUAGGCCCCAACCUGUCUCUGGAUGUUAAGGAAUCAGCGUUGGAAGCCAAGGUUGUAGGGCAAGAGGCCAAGGACCUGGCUGCAGAUGGCAAAGGUACAGAGUUGAGCAUGAUGAAUGUGAUGUCAGAUGGCAGGACCAUGGACGGGGAUCCCAGAGCUGUUGGGCUGGAUGCCAAGACUGCAAAUCGGGAUGGCAAAGUAACAGCUGGGGAUGCCGUUGCUACAGAAUCGGAUAUUAAGGCUGCAGAUUCAGAGGCCAGAGAACUGGAUACAGCUGACAACUACGGUGGACCACAGGCCACAGUGACAGAUAGGAGACAAACAGGUCCAGGGGGCAAGGAGGACGUGAUGCCAAGAGGCAGGUGCAAGAGCUGGAACGCCAGUGCCCCCACCCUGAAUGUUAAAGAUGCCGGUCAGCAAAGCAAAGGCACAGUUGUGGAUGGCAAAGCAACAUCAGAAGUCACCAAGCCAGAAGAGAGCAACAAAGAUGAUGACGGUGACAUCAUUUCUCUCGACUGUGAAAUUCUUGGGUUUGGUCCUGAUACUGAUUUGCUGGGACCAGAUGCUGAGACUUACAUGCAUUUCAUGCGGCGCCACCACUGUUAUGAUGCCAUUCCCACCAGCUCCAAACUGGUAGUGUUUGACACAACCUUGCAGAUAAAGAAGGCCUUCUUAGCCAUGGUGGCCAAUGGGGUGCGAGCAGCCCCUCUCUGGGACAACAAGCAGCAGUGUUUUGUGGGUAUGUUGACUAUCACUGACUUCAUUAACAUCCUACAUCGCUACUACCGAUCACCUCUGGUUCAGAUAUAUGAGAUCGAGGAACACAAAAUUGAAACGUGGAGAGAGGUGUAUUUGCAAGGUUUCUUCAAACCCUUGGUGUGCAUCUCCCCAAAUGAUAGCCUAUUUGAUGCUGUUUAUUCCUUGAUUAAGCACAAGAUCCAUCGGCUGCCUGUUAUCGAGCCCAUCUCAGGGAACGUCCUACACAUUCUGACCCACAAACGUAUCCUCAAGUUCCUGCAUAUCUUCGGAGCCAUGCUUCCAAAGCCACGAUUCCUGCAGAAAACCAUCCUGGAACUGGGCAUCGGCACCUUCCGUGACGUUGCCAUGGUCCUGGAGUCAGCCCCUGUCUACACAGCCUUGGAGAUUUUUGUGGACCGCAGGGUCUCAGCAUUGCCUGUUGUUAAUGAAAAAGGGAGGGUAGUUGGCCUCUACUCUCGCUUUGAUGUGAUUCACUUGGCUGCCCAGAAGUCCUACAACAACCUGGACAUUACUGUGGGGGAAGCACUGAAGCAGCGCUCAGUCUGUCUGGAAGGGGUGCUCACCUGCCAUCCUUACGAAACAAUGGAAGACAUUAUUGAUCGCAUCGCCAAGGAGCAGGUAUGCCAGAGUGGAGAAGGAAGAAUGUGCAGCUUUAGGCAUCGACCGGUAUUCAAUCUGAUGCCAUUAAAGGCCACACUUGCUACCCAGCACUUUGGGUUACCUCCAGGGCAUCUAUGACACAUGAGGGUAAGGUGGGGCUUUCCAGCCCAUGAAAAAGAGAGAGAUUUCUUCUUAACAGGCAACAUUGGUGCUUUGGCUGCGCGUUCCUCCUCCCUCCUCCCUUCCAUGAUGCAGAAAGAGGUGAGAGAAGCAAUAAGAAAGGAGGAUCUGAACUGCAGAACUGUAAAUAGAUUUUUCAACCGCUGAAAUCUGCUAGAGUGUUAUAGAAGCAGCCAUGCUACAGACGGAGAGAAAGCUGGCCCUGGUUGAACACUUGCACCUGUUGCUUGUCUCCUUUUUCUAUCCCUUGCUGACUGUAGGACAUGUUAUCAUGCACAAAAAUCCAUCCUGUUUCAAGGCCUCUAGCAGAUGCUUUUGACUGAACUGAGGUGACUGCUACUGCUCCAGACAUACGGACACUCAAGAAGGCCCAUGACACUCACAAGAGGAAGGUAGACUACGAUCGCAGUGGUUUGGCUCCAUGACUUCAACAGGGAUUAAGGAUUUCCGCAUUAGACCCUGCUGCUUUGGAGAAAAGGCAGCUUGUUUCCAACACAGGACUAAACACUUAGCAGGCUAUUGCAUUAUUUUUAUUGUUGUGAUUUUUCAUUGUACCUGAACCAGCAACAAGGUGUGAGGCUGAUGUGACCUAAGCUGAGGAAAAAUAAUUUAAGAGGGAAUGGGGAGUUCUGAAAUCCAUGGAAAUGCUUUCAAAUGUAUUUUAUACUAUUACAGAACACUAUGGGGUCACUUUCUGUCAACUUUAGAAAAAACCUAGCUCAGUCCACCAUUUUCCUAUAGCUGACAACAAGCAACUUGCAAUCUUUCCUCUUCAGCCUACAGUAAAAACCAAGGCUUUUGACUA